AUGGCGGAGGAGAAGCCUUUGUUCAUGAACCCGACCUGCCUCUGCAUGAAACCAGGAUCAGUAGUCAGCAGUCAUUACCUCGCUAACGAAGUGUACAGCACAAAGAACCCCUCUCUGCAGUCGGAGACGGUUCAUUACAAGAGAGGGGUAAGCCAGCAAUUCUCCCUGCCUUCCUUCAAGAUUGAUUUCUCAGACUGGAAGGAUGAUGAGCUGAACUUUGACUUGGAUCGUGGCGUGUUCCCUGUGGUCAUCCGAGCGGUGGUGGAUGAAGGGGAUGUGGUGGUUGAGGUGACUGGUCAUGCCCACGUUCUUCUGGCUGCAUUUGAAAAGCACGUUGAUGGCAGUUUUUCCGUGAAGCCGUUAAAACAGAAGCAGAUCGUUGACCGGGUGAGCUAUCUUCUUCAGGAGAUCUACGGCAUCGAGAACAAAAACAACCAAGAGACCAAGCCUUCAGAUGAUGAGAACAGCGACAACAGCAACGAGUGUGUGGUUUGCCUGUCAGACCUCCGUGACACCCUCAUUCUGCCCUGCAGACACCUCUGUCUGUGCAAUUCCUGCGCUGACACCCUGCGCUACCAGGCCAACAACUGCCCCAUCUGCAGGCUGCCCUUCCGUGCCCUGCUGCAGAUCCGGGCUGUGAGGAAGAAGCCGGGGGCUCUGUCGCCGGUGUCGUUCAGCCCUGUCUUGGCACAGAGCGUUGACCAUGACGAGCACUCUAGCUCUGACAACAUCCCUCCAGGCUAUGAGCCCAUUUCCUUGCUGGAAGCCCUGAAUGGCCUUCGCUCUGUGUCCCCGUCCAUCCCCUCAGCUCCUCUGUAUGAUGAAAUCAACUACUCUGGUGUGGUGGAUGGGAUGCCCCCCGCCAGCCGCCCGCUCGUUGGGAUGGACAGAGCUGUGGAGAGCAGCCACCAAAAGGGCAAGCGGAGCAAGUCUCCAGAUAGCACACUACGGUCUCCUUCAUCCCCCAUCCACGAGGAGGAUGAAGAGAAGCUCUCUGAGGACUCUGACUCGCAGCCAGCGCUCAGUGGGGGUGAGCAGGUCCUGAGAGAGAACAGCUCUCCAGAAAGCGUGGCAGGGGAAGAGAUCGAGGAGGCCUCGUCCCUGCAGCAGGGUGGCCGCCCGCCCUCGGUGGAAGAU